AUGCACAUUAUGACUUUGCGGGAUGAACACAAAAACACGCUCUAACUGUUCAGAGCUCCGGCUUGCUCAUUUCCAGAGCAUUUGCCAAGCGUAAAGCUAAUUGGUUGCCCAACCACAAAAUGAAGAAGCCUGGGAAACGAAUUCAUUAUUCUUAAGCUUGAAAGUGACGGCAUAUUGUUGUGCUGUGGCACGUGGUGAAACUAAUGGAUGUAUGUAAAUUAGCACGAGCUGGUAUAUAUCAUUCCACGUGCUGGACUGCUGGUUGUUGCAUGAGACUUCCUUUUUUUAAUUCCUUAAUCUUAUAUACAGUUGAUAAGGCGGGAUUUGCAAUCACAUAACAUUUUCGAACCAACAGUUGGUCUCAUGUUUAAAAUAAAUAAUAUUUGACUGAAGUCUAAAGAACAAACACAUAUAUGUGUCGCUGUAGUCUGUAGGGCCUGUAGACAUAGACCGUCUUUGUUCUUUGUACUGUCAAAAUGCAAAUCCUUUUGUCUUAAAAAAUAUUGUAUAUAUUCGUGCUAAUCGUGUCAUUUCUUUAAGUAUCAGUAAUACACAUGUAUAACAUGAACAACACAACCAACUUCGAACGUUGGAAUAGAACUUGCGAAGUUCGUGUCGAACUUCUGAAGUGGUGAACGUAAUUGACAUGCAAGUUCGCAACCUGAUAAAAAGGGACAAAAAUAAAUAGUACACGUGUUGCGGGGUUCAUGAGUACAAAGAGGAUAGGGUUUUCUAAUAUUUACAUAACAAACGUGCUGUAGUAUAAUUCCAGCUGGGAGGUGGUAUCGUAUGACAAACAAAGUUCGUGCGUUUAAACUGUAUAUAAAGUCCAAGGUACAAACUCCAAACAAGAUAUAGUUUUAAACACAUCGUAUGAGCAAUUAGCUUUCCAUGUUGUAAUCGAUAGUAUCUGAUCAUGGCACUGAAUGUGGUGGGUCUCGUUGGAAUUAUUGUUUUCUAUUUUCUUAUACUGGGUAUUGGAAUAUGGGCGGCACUGAAACGAAAAAAUAAAAGAUCUGAAAAUGGCGUGAUCCGGAUGGACGAGGAUGGAUCACCGGAAAGCAGAAGUGACGAAACUGAAGAUGUCAUCUUGGCAGGACGGAAUUUGGGUCUGUUUGUUGGAGCAAUGACUAUGACAGCUACUUGGGUAGGAGGUGGAUACAUAAAUGGAACGAGUGAAUCAACCUCCACAAUUGGUUUGAUCUGGGUGCAAGCCCCUUGGGGAUAUGCGCUUAGUUUAACAGUAGGUGGUCUACUGUUCGCGGAAAAGAUGCGUUCUAAGAAAUAUGUAACGAUGUUAGAUCCUUUUCAAGAAAAAUACGGAUCGCGUAUGGGUGGAUUACUGUAUAUCCCAGCACUGCUUGGCGAGAUUUUCUGGUCUGGUGCUAUUCUUUCAGCAUUAGGGGCCUCAAUUAGUGUUGUAGUUGAUCUUGAUAACACCACGGCAGUCACAGUAUCGGCGGCGAUUGCGGUAUUCUACACAUUCUUCGGAGGACUAUACUCUGUUGCCUACACAGAUGUUGUACAACUGAUCUGUAUUUUUGUUGGCCUGUGGCUCACAAUCCCAUUCGCAAUGACUCAUUCAGCAGUCAGCAGUAUCAGUACAACGAAAAAAACGUGGAUUGGUGAAUGGGAUUGGAAAUUUACAGGUGUUUGGGUGGACUAUGCUUUAUUACUGGUAUUUGGUGGCAUUCCCUGGCAGGUCUAUUUCCAGCGAGUAUUGGCAUGUAAGACCUCGAAACAAGCUAAAUAUUUAUCAUUCUCUGCUUCCUUUGGCUGUAUUUUGAUGGCCAUUCCUGCUUUUCUUAUUGGAGCAAUUGCUACUGCUACAGACUGGUCGGCGACAGAUUACGAGGGUCACAAAAACGGCACAAUCCCACCUGAAGAUACAAGUCGUGUGCUACCCUUGGUGUUACAAUAUUUAACUCCGUCAGCUGUGGCGUUUAUUGGUCUAGGAGCUGUUUCGGCUGCAGUAAUGUCCUCAGCUGAUAGUUCCGUAUUGUCUGCCAGCUCUAUGUUUGCAAGGAAUGUUUACAAGCUCAUCCUGAGACCCAAGGCGUCGGAGAAAGAAAUAAUCUGGGUAAUUCGCAUAGCAAUUUUCGGCGUUGGUGCACUCGCCACGAUAAUGGCACUCGAAGUCCAAUCCAUCUACGCUCUGUGGUAUCUCUGUUCAGAUCUAGUCUACGCAAUCUUAUUCCCUCAACUCUGCUGCGUCAUUUACUUGAAAGACGUUAACACAUAUGGAUCAUUACUGGGGUACAUCGUCGCCAUAAUCCUGAGGGUCGGCGGGGGUGAAACGUUGAUAAAACUGGAUCCGUUUUUAAAGUAUCCCUAUUACAACGAAAUUGACGGGCAGUUAUUUCCAUUCAGGACAUUUUCCAUGUUGUGUUCCUUCUUCACCAUUAUUUGGGUCUCGUUUGCGACGAAGGCAUUGUUUCAGAGUAAAUUGCUCCCACAAAAAUGUGACGUAUUAAAAUGUUUCCCGAGCGAUCGUGACCUACAUUUCUCAACUACGGUUCCAAACCCAAAGGAUGGUGUCAUGUUGGUUGGGAUGAAAGAUAUAUGACGAGUUAAAAAUUCAAGGAAACGAUUAAACUUAGGCUAGAUGAAGUUGAACUCACAUGUUGGACUUAAUAUAAAACGAUUUCCUGUAAACAUAUAUGUUAGUAUUAUUCACGACAAACGAUUUCCAACUGAUUUACCGGCAGAACGGAAAUUUGUAAAGAAAAUAUCACGAGAAUUGUUUGCCAGCAGAAAAAUGCAAGGAGCCAAAUCACUAAAAUAACUGAUUAUUGCAUGACCUCGCUUGUUCGGUCUGUACUGUGAAAUAUCAGACCACCAAGGCUUUUUGGUCCGGGAUACUGGUCCAGAUACGGAAUAUACGGACCACGGUCCGGGUAUGGGUUUUUACGGACCGCUCGUCAACCAAUCAGAAUAGAGGAUUUUAAAAAAAAGCCAUAUAAUAAUAUAGUAUAUUAUACAUAUAUAGAUAUAAAGCACGCAAAUAUGAUUUCACAUCCAAUG